CCUUAGGUAGCCAUCUUUGAUAUCGAUAAUUUUCACAAGUAGAAUUUUCCUGGCGUGGGUGUGCCUGUAUUAUUCGCUCCGAAUUCGAGAUAGACUAGAAAUCAGCCAGAGAAAAAAAACCUAAAAAAGCAAUAUAGUCUACCAGACCUGUGAAAAGUAGCUCCGCAACAGCCGCAAGGAAGGCUAGCUACAGCGACAGCGAACAAGGAGGACAUAAACCACCAGUACAAGAUGCCACGCUACAGGGAGUGGGAUUUGGCCUGCAAGGUCUACGUUGGCAACCUGGGCUCCUCGGCCUCCAAGUACGAGAUUGAGAACGCAUUCAGCAAGUACGGCCCCUUGCGCAACGUCUGGGUCGCCCGCAACCCGCCGGGAUUCGCCUUUGUUGAGUUCGAGGACCGACGCGACGCUGAAGACGCAACCCGCGGCCUGGACGGUACCCGCUGCUGCGGCACUCGCAUCCGCGUCGAGAUGUCUUCGGGCAGGUCUCGCGAGGGCCGCGGCGGCGGUGGUGGAGGAGGCGGCGGCGGCGGUGGCGGUGGACCCCGUCGUGGUGGACGCAGCGGUAGCGGUGGAGGCGGCGGUGCCCGCGCUGGUGACGGCGGCGGACGCUAUAGGACAAAGUCUUCUUCUUCUACUACUACUACAAGCACAACAACAACAACAUCUCCAAAUCUAAUUAAAAGAACAACUCCAACAACUACAACAGUUAUAAGAACAACUCCAACAGCUACUACUACUACUACUACUACUAGAACUUCUACUACUACUACUCCUCUUCCUUCAACAAGAGCUACUACUACUACUACUACUACAACAAGAACAAGAAUUUCUCCUCCUAUUACACCACACAUUUCACCACCAACUACAGUACCACAACCACAACAAACACCAACACCAACAUCACAACCAACACCACAACCAACACAAUUUGAAAUUCAACAACAAUCAGUAGCCACUACCACUGCAGUCCACUGCAGACGAGACUUGUUGUCCGGCAUAUCCAGUAUGAUAAUUGCCGAUUUGAACUUCAACAAAUUCGAUAUAUUCCGUUGACGAUUUCCAACUGACCAGAAACUGCAACUGCCUACUGCCACUGCCACUGCCACUGCCUACUGCAACUGCAACUGCAACACUCUACACCCCCUCAGUAAUUCAGCAUGAAUCUCAGGCCGAAAUUCAGUCAGCAUCAUCUCCAGCAACGUCUCUCCAGCUGCAGAUCCACAAACAAAACAAAACAACAAACAAAAAUAACCAGCCACAGCACCCACACUACACCACACACACACACACCACUCAUUAAAGCAUCUCAUGGCGUCUGUUUUUAGUAGAGCUUGCGUUGCAACUUGUCGUCUUGUUCCCUGCUCAUCUUCCAAGCCAACUCUCCAAGCCACAAACAGACUACACACACACACUCUGCCAUUAACAACACUAAUCACCAAGAACAACAGCGACCCACGGCAUCGCAUCAGCGGCUAAAUAGCAACAGCAACUCUCCAUCCAAGCCAGCCAAUCCAUCAUUGUUGUACAGUUCAUGUUUAUAUAUGUGGAGUGUGCACUUCAGCGCUUCAGUCAGGCCGAUCUGCUGUCAACUUGCAACCUCCCAGGCCAGGUUGCUCUUCAGUUUGGUCUUCUUCCAACAUCCGACCACCAUCCAACUACUUGUUCCGUCCCCCAGACAGCCCAACAGCCCAAAAUACCACCACAACCACAUCCAACAACCAACCAACCAACCAACCAACCACCUCAUCAUCUGCCAUCGCCUAGUUCAGCUACAGCAUCAGCGAGAAGAACAACUUCGAGAAGAGGCAACUGCUACUACUGCUCUGCACUUCUACUUCCACUUCUACUUCAACAAGAAAGAAAACAACUGCAAGCCAACCAAGCAGAACCUGAACGAAACAUCGUAGAAUCCCCCUGAUUUCAAGUACUUGCACUUUUGUACACAUCCCAAAUGCCAUCGAGCAAACGCAAAUGCAAUCGCUAAAAUCCCUUCAAGUUCAAGCGCAGCAAGUAUGAAGUAUCCUUCGCCGCCGCCUCACUCUUCUCCUUGGCGAAAACAAGGCACUAAAAAGGGCGAACGGAGCUAACCGAGCGUAACGUCUCUAACCACAACUCUGUUUGUUAAUUUAAUAAUUUUUAAUGGUUUCUGCUAAUGUUUUUUGUAUUCUGUUUUUUUGUGUAUCCUAACAUCCCACCGAGAUAAUGUUGUUCAAGCUAACUGUCUGACCUCUAUAUGCUAUAUACUAUAUACUAUAUACUAUAUACUAUAUACUAUAUGCUAUAUAUGUUGUAUAUACUCGUAUGUGUGUUCGAUCUGUUCGAAAUAUAAUUGAGAACUUCAGCCAAACAGACGAUUAUCAUCAGAAGCAACAGAGCCAGGGCAUCCAGGGCAAGACUUCAAUCUUCAGUCCUUCAACGACUCAGCUCCACAGCUCCACAGCUCCAAGCUACACGCCUUCAUGCCUUCAUGCUCUCCAAGCUCCAAUUCAAGGGUGUGCCUGCUCAUCUCUCCACAACUGCUUCUUCAUCCGAACCACCGCUGCAAGAAUGGGGAGCCAAGAGUAGAACCAAAUCACCAACAAACCAACCAACCAACCAACCAACCAACCAACACACACCAACAAACCACAGCCACAACAGCCACAAAUACCAACCACCACUCUAGUCACAAAUCAGCCCAGAUUCAGAUCAGAAUUGUUCAGUAAUCAACUGCCCAAACAACAACUACAACUCAACAAGUACCUACUACUAUUACUACUACUACUACUACUACUCUACUAGAACAACUACUCCAACUCAACAACAGUCUUCUCAGUCUGCUCUGCUCAUCAACCAAACCAACUAAGCAACCAACCAACCAACCAACCAACCAACCAGUCAACCAACCAACCAAUAUCAGCCUACCAAUCAACCAACCACCACCAACCAACCAACCACCACCAACUACUUUAUGUAAAUGUCACACCAACGCUUUCGUAAAAAAAAAAAAAAGGGCCAAAAAAAAGCAAAAUCAAAUGCAAGCUAUCAGCCAAAAAAUCAAAUCUCCACCACCUUCAAGCACCUUCAGCCACCUAAAUAUGACAUAAAAAUAUAUAUAUAUAUAUAUGCAAUAUCCAGCUCUCUGCUCUCAGCUCCGCCUCUGCUCAGCUCAGCUCAGACCAAAUCAGCUCUGAUCCGUAUCCGAUCCGCCAGAUCCACCAGAUAGAUCCGUCAGAUUUGUCAGAAAUCCGUCAGCCCAUCAGCCCAGCACCUCAGUUCAAGUCAUGUUGUGUGUCUUGUUCGUUUGAGAUCGAGAUCGAGAUCGAGUAUCCUAGAUCUCCUCAACUUUGCGUAUCUUAAGGAAUUGUUACUACUACUACCACUACUUUACAUCGCGCCUAGCUAAGCUAAGUCUUAAAAAAUCUAUUUAAUGUGUAUUUUUUUUCUCUCUUCUCUCUCUCUCUCUCUCUCUCUUUCUUUCUCUCUCUCCCUCCUCCUUUCUUUCUUUCUUUAUUUCGCUCCUUGUGUGCUGUCUAUGUGUGUGUGUGUGUUUCCCCCAACCACCACCACCCACCCAUCUCGUUCCAGGUCCCGAUCACCACGACGCUCCAGGACACGCAGCCGCAGCUUCUCAAGGGAUCGCCGCAGCCGCUCCGAUUCGAGGGAUCGCCACUAGACGCCACUGGAGGAGAGGAGGAGCAUUAGCAGGAGCAGGAUAGGAUUGGAGAGAGUAAAGGAGGAGGAGCAGCCCGAUCCGGACUACUACUACUACUACACACACAGACAAACACACACACACACCUAUAUAUAUAUAUAUAUAUAUAUAGAUUAUAUGUAUAUAUAUGCACUAUAUAUAUACAGAAACAGAUACACCCCCUACUGACCCAGCGUUGUGGCCAAUCGCAGUGAUUCUGAUUCCUUGGUUUGAGAUCCCAAAUCCUUAAAAAGAAA